CACAUAUGUACUUCCUUUUCCGGUUAACAUCAAAACAUGGCGGACGACAAAUCUAAGGAUAAAGAGAAGAAUCCUAUGCGCGAGCUGCGCAUCGUGAAGCUGUGCCUAAACAUUUGUGUUGGAGAGUCCGGUGACAGACUGACCCGUGCCGCCAAAGUGCUUGAACAGUUGACCGGCCAGCAGCCCGUUUUCUCCAAAGCCCGCUACACAGUGCGAUCAUUUGGCAUCCGAAGAAAUGAGAAGAUUGCUGUCCAUUGCACUGUAAGAGGAGCAAAGGCCGAAGAAAUUCUGGAACGUGGACUCAAGGUGCGUGAGUACGAGUUGAGAAAAAACAACUUCUCUGUGUCUGGCAACUUUGGGUUUGGUAUCCAGGAACACAUCGAUCUGGGAAUCAAGUACGAUCCAAGUAUUGGCAUCUACGGCAUGGACUUCUACGUAGUCCUUGGACGACCAGGAUUCAACAUUGCACAGAGACGAAGGAAGAAGAACCGUGUGGGGCUCAAACACAAGGUGACCAAGGAACAGUCCAUGAAAUGGUUCCAACAGAAAUACGACGGCAUCAUCUUACCUGGGAAAUAAAGACUUUGUUAUGUUAUGUAAGGAUGAAAAUAAACGGGCGUCCAGAGAGAA